GCAGAGAGAAGAUAUCCUCUGAACUUCCACACGAGACUCUUAUUUUCUUAUUUCGCGUGUAUUUUUUUAAUAGUUUAUUCAAACGCUUUUUAAAUUGUUAUUCGUAAAGCGUGUCUGUUGAGUGUGUUUACGCUGUAAGCUGCACACAGUCCGCUAGUGUUUCUAUUUUCCAGUGUUGUUGGCUCAAACUUAGCGAGAGGGAGCAGCUCAGUAAUAAUAGCUCGAGCUCUAGCUGGACAGUCAAAAAAAUCGGACCACUAUUGCAUUUUUAUGUGCAUUUAUAGACACGUUGGGAUUUUGUGUCAGAUCGCAGUGGAGGACGAUAAGGAUGUUGACUCGGCCGCAGAUGGAUUUUAUUUACUGGGAAGAUAUGAAUUGAUCGCGGUUAUUGUGAAUCGGAGUGUGGGAGCUGCGGGAGAAGCAAUGCGCCUCUGUACCGUCGGACUGCCACUGUUUUCUCAAUAACUGCUUUAAGAUGCCGACCAAAAUGGUGAUUUUUGCGAUUUAUUUUUUCGCCUUGGCUGCGCCGUCGAUGCUGUUUGCAGGAUUUGGAUCUCCGUGAGGGAAAAAUGAGUGAAGAACCGGCAAAUCCCAAUAACGAUGACAGUUAUGCGCGUGUGAGAGCAGUGGUCAUGACUCGCGAUGACUCCAGCGGCGGAUGGCUGCCUCUGGGAGGUGGAGGCCUCAGCUGCGUGUCGGUCCACAAAGUGAGCCGGCCAGACUCUGACAGCCCCGGCGGCGUAGAUUAUCUCAUCCAGGGGGAGCGACUUAAAGACAAGUUGGUUGUGCUGGAGUGUAAUAUAAAGCAGGAUCUGGUUUACAACAAAGUGAAUCCUAUCUUUCAUCACUGGAGGAUUGACAACAAGAAAUUCGGCUUGACCUUCCAAAGUCCAGCCGAUGCCAGAGCCUUUGAUCGAGGGAUACGCCGAGCAUUGGAGGACAUAAAGCAAGUGUUCAGUGAAUCAGACGCCCCUGAAGAAGGAUUGCAGGUUACCCAGGAUCCUCCCUCCAUCUGCGCACCCAUUAGAGAGCCGUUUUCCCCACUUGGUCGAGUGGUGUCCACCGAACCUUUUCGGGGCUGUUAUGUGCGUGCUCAGCCAUUUGAAGAGUUCCACAGUCCCUCCCACCGCUAUCUGCCCCACCAGGUCUCUUUUAGCACAGCACGCCAUGUUAGCUUUCACAUGGAUGAAGAGGAGGUGGUUCGCAUCAACCCACGUAAGGACGUCCACAUCCGAGGCUACGAGGACUACCGGCACCCUGUCAUGUGGAAGCAGGACACAGAGCGCGACGAUACUGAUUUCUCCACCACGUUUAAUAAACUGGACAGCACGAAAAGUGAGUACUCAUUUUUAAAAGGCCCCGAGAAUCGUUCAAGCAACAAGGACUCGAUAAAAACACAGCAGCCCUCACCUCUGCUCAAAUCCAAGAAGUCUCGGCGGAGGAGGGAGGACGGCGAGCGCUCCCGCUGCAUAUAUUGCCGCGAGAUGUUCAACCACGAGGAAAACCGGCGCGGGAAGUGCCAGGAUGCUCCUGACCCUAUCAAGCAAUGCAUUUACAAAGUCAGCUGCAUGCUGUGCGCCGAGAGCAUGCUUUACCACUGCAUGUCCGACUCGGAGGGCGACUUCUCGGACCCUUGCUCGUGCGACACCAGCGAGGAGCAGUUCUGCGUGCGCUGGCUGGCGCUGCUCGGCCUGUCCAUCAUAGCGCCGUGCAUGUGCUGCUACCCACCUCUGCGGGCCUGCCACCACUGCGGAGAGGCCUGCCAUUGCUGCGGCGGCAAACACAAAGCAGCCGGCUGACCCAGGCCAGCGCGGUAGCAACACACGGCCACGUGAAAAAAUAACAACCGCUGCCGUCGCUUUUCUUUUGUCAUUCACCCCUUGAGGUGGGUGAGGUGCUCCACCCGCCAGUUUGGAGGCUUUGGAGAUUUGAUUGGGCCGAGAGCAGCAGAAGUCAAUAACCGGAUCUUCUUGGGCUCUCGAGAGUCACGUCACGGAGCUUGUUAAAUGAGGAAUGGAGUUUACAGAACAAACUCAGAGUAUUUCCUGAAAUGCGCAAAAAAGAGACAAAACGUGUAAUAAAAUCACUUGACAAAACGUCACCAUGUCAGACUUUCAUUACAGCUAGUGUGUAACCUUUGUGAAGGAAUAUUGUCUUUUGUAUAGAGAUCAAAACUAUAACAAAGAAACUAUACAGUUGUGCAUACAGAGGAUUUGACUUGUGAGUAUGCUAAAAGGGAUAUUUUCUUGCUUUCUGUGAAUUUGCAGUAGGGUAAAAGUGGCCUUCUCUUUGGAAUGGAGCGUUUGCUGAUGGUGUAAUGAUUAGACAUAAAAAACAUGCAUUGGUUAAGUGUUUUCCCAUGAAAAUGUAACCCUCAUGAUUCUCUUUGGUACAUAAACUUAAAAAAACCUUUGGUCAAGUAUUAGCAGUAUAUUUUUUCUGUGAUGGGUGUAAUUCCUGCUUUUCUUUCCAUUGUUUUGUAAAAGACAGUAAUGUCAUUUCUUUCGAAAUGGUAGUGUGACAUAUAGCCUUUGUUAUGAUAUGAAUUGUGCUAACGUUUUAAAUUCAUAUUGCUAUAUAAUUGCCAAGAUUUGGACCACACCAGUGCAUUCCAGUAUAAAGUAAUAGUGGACAGCUGUAACACAUCGUCUAACCCCAGUUCAUUUUAAUGUGACAUCAGCAGGGGGAAUGAGACCAAUUUGUCACAAUUCCAGCAAUGCUCAUUUUGCUCUUAAUUUACCUGUUUGUCAGAAUGAAACUGGAUACUUUUCAGCUUUUAAACUAAUUUCAAGCUGAAAUUGUGCUCAACCAGCAAGUUUGUUUAUCUUUCUUCAUUCGUUCAGGCCGUAUAACGCUCACAGUUUUAAUAUCUGGUCUCCAUUUCUUUAAAAAAAAAAAGGCACUUAUAUUCAUUUUUAAUAGGAGAACUCUUGAGUUCAUUUAUUCAGAUGCCCCUUAUAUAAGCACUCGUUUCCAAGCUUUGGUUACAGCUGCAUGUUCAUGUGUUUGUGUUGUAUUUUAUUCAUUGUAUAUAGUCUCUAUAUAUUUCAUAGUUUAGGUGGUGUACAUAAAAUAGUCCACAUAACCUUCAGUACACAAAACUGACCUGAUUUGUCAUUUUAGUUUAGACUUUAACACUAUAAGUCAUUUCCUUAUUUAAGGAACAAAGCCAAAUUACAAGUACUAUGUAAUUAAGUUUUAGACCAGUGACUUCUCCAGUACCAUACCAUUCAAAAUCCCUCAAAUAAAGGUUUAAUUUCUCAGAAUUGAAGGCAACAACAGAAUUUAAGAGGCCAGUUCCGAUUACCCUAUGCUACUCACAUCAACACUUUACUUUCUAUGCAACUAUUUUCAUGAGAAACACUUAGAUCACUUCAUAAGUCAGUGACGUGACACUUUUAAUAUUGUAGAUUUUAAUAUUGGUACCAAACUUUAAAAGCUUAUGUAAAUAUGUAACACUAUAUUUAAGCAACAAUAAUAAUCCCAUCAGAUUUUUAAGAGAGAGUUGUAUUUAUCACGGCUGUCAGUAUAUACUUUAGCUUGGGUUGACAGCAUUAUGUACAUAGGUCACCUUUAGUAUUAUUUCACAUUGAAAGUAGAGGGAGUACAUGAUGAAAAUGAUUGCGCUCAUGCUAGAGGUUCUCUCUAGUUUUGUAUUGCAGAAAGAACGCUAAAGAAGCUUGAUGCGGUACAGUAGUGGCAGUCCACUUCUCCAAGGUUUCGUCAUAUAAAGCUGCUAGAAACAAUCACUAAUUAUGAGCUGAGAGAACUAAAAUUCAGCUAUGGAUGACUGUUAAAACCUUAUAGUUUUUAGAGAUAUUGAUCACAUGUUUUCUUUUAGUUCUCUUUGUGUUAGGCACACCCAUUUCUAUGUUGGUUCCAUAUUUUAGUUCAUUAAUCCUGUACUGUCAUUGGAUGAUGUUUUAUGUUGCAAGCUGAACCAAGGUUUGAUAAACCUUAACAAAACUUGCUGGCUGAGAAGCAACUUGUAGAACAGGCCGCAUACGUUCAUACAAUUAAAUUGUAAACAAAUACUGUAAAGCCUAGUUUAAUUCUGCAUUAAUCAGCACGGUGAAGCCACAUGUGAUGUGCUGUAUUUAAUAUGCAACCUAUCUGCUUUGUUUCCUUGCUUCCUACUUUGCAUUAACUUAGCAUUUAUUCAUCUUCAGUUUUAACCACUUGCUGCUAGUCCUUUAUUUUGAACUUUUGGACUUUGUGCAUAACUCUGGAAUGCAUAAAAGAUGAACAUUCUUUACUGUUGCGUAUGUAAAUCUGUCAUUUCGGUGUGAUGUAAAAACAGCUAUGUUCACAGCAGUUUAGUGGUUUCUUUGGCAUUCUCCCAUGCUUUGGUGCACUGAUAACGUAGCUAGGCUUUUUUCCUUCUCAUAGCGCUUGAUGAUGUAAAGCUCGCGUAAUUAGUUCAAACUUGUGACAUUUGUGUUAUGGUAAUUGCAGUAUAAAUGGUACUGAUUAUUUCACUAUGAACACUGCCUGGUUCUUUAUCUGCAUCUGAGUUUUAGUGCCAUCUGCUUCACCCACUCACAACCUCCAAAAAGUGCCUCACGUCCAUCAGAAAUUCCAUCCAAAACUUAACCGCUCUUGCUAUUGUAAUGGUUUAUACACGUCUAGGUAUUUGUAUCAUGGUUUGAAAAUACCAAGUAUAUGAUGUAAUAUUUAUAGUUCAGUAACUCAUGCCAUAGUUGUAUUUUCUUUAUACAGAUGUAGCUUGUUACGUUUCAUAAAUAUAUAAUGUAAAUAUGCAUACAAAUGUUUGUACUGUUUUUAUGUUACAUCAUACACUUGUAAUUUGACAUAUAAAAUAACAUUACCAUAAUAAACGGUGAGUUUUAAUGUA